ACGUCACAGAGACUGCAUUUCUAUUGGCCUGUCCCUACAAGCCCCGCCUCCUGCAGAGCACCAUUAGCAAAACAGCUCCAUGACUGUCACGUUGAACCAGAAACUUCAACACGACAGACGCAAAAAUGAUCAAUUGGAAGGCUUUGGACAACGUCCCCGUCCUCCUGUACAUCCUUGCCCUGAAGACGCUGCUGCUGUGUUUGGCGUUCGCCGGGGUGAAGAUCUACCAGAGUAAGAAAGUAGAAAAGGCCCUGAAGAAGGAGCAGGAUGAGAAGAGGAGGCUCGCCCAGCUGACCCAGGAGCUCAUAGACAACAAGAAGGACGACUGAUCUGAGGAGAGAGGCUGCUGUACACAGUGAAACAUGUUACUGACCUGAGGAACAAGCCACUCUCUCCACAUAAUGGCCAGAUGUCUGACUGUCGGCAACAGGAGGACCUUCCUGAGCUUGUUUGUGGUUCUGAUACCAGUUUUAUUUAUAUUAUGUAAAUGUUUCAGACGAUUAUAAAAUGAACUUACAGUAGGGACUGUUUUGUCUUUUUUAAACAGUGAUGAACUCUGUAAAAGAACCACAGCGGGCUCAGCACCGUAUUGUCAUUUCCCAAACAUCCACUCCUCUUCUGCCUUGUUUAUACAUGCAUCUGUGUAUAUCAACACUUGAAAUAGCUUCACUUCCUACACCGGAAUAGCGGUAGGGUCAGAGCUUGUCAAAUCUGCUUAUUUUUAAGAAUACAGCAUGGUAUUUGUACUGUAUUAUUCAUUGUACAUUGUGAGCCAGCUUUGUGCCAAUCUUUUGUAACUAUAUUAAAUUGUUUGUUCGACACUA